CUAGGCCACUCCCUCGGGCACUCCUUCCCUUCCGGAUGCGCGCGCCUGUACUUUCUGGUCCAUUGCAGAGGCUGGCUUUUUUACCGGGCAGGUUCCCCCAGAGGGUCUAGAGUUCGCGCAAACCUUCCCUCCGACCUCCCCAGCACGUGUCCAUGCACGCGAUACCAACCCUGGAGUUUCAGGAUGGAGAAAUGGGCUGAAUUAAGAAUUAAGCUGCAGCCACAUUGCUUCCAGACUUAGAAGUCUGGUAGGUUGAGCUGGUGUUCUCUGUUUAUCGAGAAUCCACAUCCUCUCCUCCUUGCCCUCGCCUUGGUAACCUGCCUCUUGAACUGCAUCACCCGGGCUCCCUCACCCUCAGGACUUGGUUGGGUUCAGCCAAUGGGGGAUAUUGAUAGGAGAUGGAGAAGCAAAGGAGAGGAAUUUAUUCCUCCUGCUUCCUUCUUGCUGGGCAUGGUUGGGCAGUGGCCCUCUUCCUCUGCUGACAGCUGCAGCUCCUGUCUGCUGAGCCUCUCCUACAGCUGCAGCUCUCUUCGGGGUCUACAGCCCCUGCAGGCCCAGGGAGGAAACAAUUCCCACUGCUCCUGGUUGCUGGGGGCCUCGCCAUCCCUCUUUGGUCCCCUUAAGUCUGUCCACACCUCUGUGAACUGUCCCUUUCCUCAGGUAUCCCUUUGAUGUGCCCUCUGAUUUUUUCCAGAACCCUGACUGACACCCAUGGAUGUAUGAGUGCUGAUCUGCUGGGGAAGUCUUCCUUUGGUGACUGAUAAACCAAGUCUCCAGGAGUCUAGUCUCCCUGUGGCUGGGAGGGGUCUGGUCCCAGGAUAUGGGGUGUGUGGGUCUCAUGUUGCCAGAGGGGCACUGCCCCAGCCACAACGCUGGGGUGGCUCCACCCAGCCUCUUCCUCCUGCCGUCUGUGCUGACUCACUACUGGGGCCGGGGCUCGUGCCCCAGAGUCCAGCCAGGCAUCAAAGACAUCUGUAAAAGCAGACUGGUUCAGGCCCCAGCAUCCUGCUUGAUCACCACCUGUCGCCACACAAUGUUGGGAGGCCUGGAGAAGCUUGCCGCCGAGGGUCUGGCCCACCGCACGGAGAAGGCCACCAAGGAAGCUGUUGACAUCGUGGAGGGAGUGGUGAAGGAGGUGGUGGAGCCUGCCAAGGAGGCUGCAGAGAAUGCCAUUGCUGAAGCUUUAAAGAAGACCCAUGAGACAAGGGACAAAGUGGUAAAGAAAGUCACUGAGACGGUGACCAACACAGCCACAAAUGCUGUCACGCACGCAGCAGAAGGCCUGGGCAAACUGGGACAGUGAGCAUGCCUGCCACCAGCAGGCUCUUCCUGAAUCGCAAUAAAAAGCUGUGA